UUUAUAAAAACGUCUCGGCUGCACUCAGUGUUUACGCUGACUGACUCUGUUAUCUCCACAGACUCGUCCAGAAAACACGGCUUCAGCUUCAAACUCCGCUCAAAGUUGACUUUCACUUCCUCUCGGUUCCUCCGCGGGUCUAGAACAUUCUUCAGCAGCGGUGAAGCAAAAGGUCUGUAGGAACCUCAGCCCAGUGACUCCCUCCACCACCAACGUGACUCCACCUCUCCUGGGAUGUCUUCUCAGCCAAGACCCAUCCGGGGGUCAAGACCCGUGACCCCCCCACUGAACUCUGCAAGGUCCCCCCACUCUCCAGUGUCCCCCAAGUCUCUGCAGCCUCCAGCCUGCAGACACAGAGACCGCUCCCCCUCCCCCAUGAGAGGCUACCUCAUCCCCAGCCCUCUGCCCACACGCAGAACCAGGACCACCUCAGCAACGGCUCGUGCGGCCGAGGGUCCAGCGUUCAGUGGUGUGUGUAAAUGUUUCUCCCGCUCCAAAGGUCACGGCUUUAUCACCCCAUCAGACGGAGGCAAAGACGUCUUUGUCCACAUCUCAGACAUCGAGGGUGAGUACGUGCCUGUGGAGGGAGACGAGGUGAGCUACAAGCUCUGCUCCAUCCCUCCUAAACAUGAGAAGGUCCAGGCGGUGGAGGUGACCAUCACCCAUCUGAACCCGGGCACCAAACACGAGACCUGGUCAGGAGAGACUGUCAGCAGUUGAAUCAUGAUGCUCCAGUGGGGAGGGGGAGGGGGAGGGGGAGGUCGG